AUGCAGAUGGGUUCCAUGCUGGUCUCUGAAAACUUCACAUCCGUCAGUCUGGACCAGACCCUGGACCAAACCCUUGACCGAACCAUGGACCAGACCCUGGACCGGACCUUGGAGAGGACUCUGGACCAGCACAGUGUCUCGUCUGAGAGCGAGGAGGAGCCCACAGACGGCCUGAGAACGGAGGCGAUGCGACAUCACCACCCCCUGGUCUUCUCUUUGUCUUCAGAGAAAGAAUACGAGCUGUACAAGAACACGGACAUCAGACCUCCGUUCACCUACGCCACCCUCAUCCGACAGGCGAUCAUGGAGGCCGCAGACAUGCAGCUCACUCUGAACGAGAUCUACAACUGGUUCACCGGGACUUUUGCUUAUUUCAGACGCAACGCAGCAACAUGGAAGAGCCUCCUGCAUCAGAAGGAACCAAUCAGACCCUCCUGCAUCAGAAGGAACCAAUCAGACCCUCCUGCAUCAGAAGGAACCAAUCAGAGCCUCCUGCAUCAGAAGGAACCAAUCAGACCCUCCUGCAUCAGAAAGAACCAAUCAGAGCCUCCUGCAUCAGAAGGAACCAAUCAGAGCCUCCUGCAUCAGAAAGAACCAAUCAGAGCCUCCUGCAUCAGAAGGAACCAAUCAGAGCCUCCUGCAUCAGAAAGAACCAAUCAGAGCCUCCUGCAUCAGAAGGAACCAAUCAGAGCCUCCUGCAUCAGAAAGAACCAAUCAGAGCCUCCUGCAUCAGAAGGAACCAAUCAGAGCCUCCUGCAUCAGAAAGAACCAAUCAGAGCCUAG